UUGAUUUUGAGCAAGCGGACUAUCGGGAUUCUCAUCCUGCUGGCAGUAGUCACCUUCUAUACCCUGGGUACCGGCUUCCCCUUUUUCUUUCGAUUCCUUUACGUAAUUGCCCUGGUGCUGGUCUUCGGGCUGCUCUGGGCCUGGAUUAAUCUCCAGGGCCUGGAUGUGCGGCUGACUCGGCUGGCACACCGAGGGCAGGUCGGCAGCUACCUUGAAGGCCAGAUUCAGGUGGUGAACCGCUUCCGUUUUCCCAAGUCAUGGCUGGAAGUAAAGGAAGUGUCAGAUAUCCCCGGCUAUACUACUGGACGGGGUAUCGCCAUGGUGCGGGACCAGUCGCGUAGCUGGCGUAUAGAGACCUACCUGGCCCGCCGGGGCGUGUUCGAGACCGGCCGGAUAGAAGUAACCAGCCAGGACCCUUUCGGACUGUUCCGGCUUAACCGCCGAUUCCUGGAGGCGCAGCCAUACGUGGUGUUUCCCGCCACAGAGCCGCUCCCAGACCUGGACCCCCGUUUCGCCUUCCUGCCCAGCGACCGUCGUGUUACCCGUCGUUCCGACCACAUUACCCCUGAAUCAUCGGGCGUUCGCGAGUAUGUUUACGGCGACAGCUUCCGGCAGAUCCACUGGCCCUACACCGCUCGAAUGAACAACCUGAUGGUGAAGGAAUUCGACAUGGGCCUGUCUGCCGAGGCGUGGGUGUUGCUGGAUAUGCAGCGGAGUUCCCAUACGGGUGACGACCCGGUGGAUAACACCGAGGAACUGUCGGUAAAGGCGGCGGCGUCCCUUAUCGAGAGAUUUGACGAGCUUUCCAUGCCAGUGGGCAUGGCCACCAAUGGCGACCAAACCUGGUUGCUCCGGCCAGGCUCCGGAGCUGGCCACGUAGGCCACUUGAUGGAAGCGCUGGCAGGGGUGAGGGCCACUGGGAACGUUACGCUGGAACGCUUCAUUUAUGAUCUGCAAGGGCACCUGAGCCGCUUCAAUAGUCUGACCAUAGUUACUCCCUCGCGCCGCACUGAAUGGAUUCCGGCGCUGGCCAGCUUGCGAAGAGAUGGGGUACAUGUGUCGGUGGUCUACGUGGACCCCACCGAUUUUGGCGCCCCCGUUGAGGUGCAGUCGCCCCUGGAUUUCCUGUAUUCCAGCGAGCUUCCCGUGUAUCGAGUCCGGCGGGGCCAAUCACUGAAUGACGCCCUGCAAUUGCCCUUGUACGCCCAGCCCUACCCCUUCAUUGCCCCGAGGGCCCCAGGUGAUGGAGUAACGGAGGAGGUCAGCUUCAACGAAAAUGGUUCGGCCUCUGAGCCUGUCUCAGCGGAGUUCGCCUACCUGGGGACGGUCCGCCCCGAGGGAUCGGAGACGGCGCCAUGA